CGUCAUCACGCACCCAGUGUUUGGUUUCCGCGCCGAGCCGUUAUGGCAGCAGCGAUUAUCCUCGACAGUAAGCCGGGCGAGCAGCCGACAGAUGGGGGAGAGGACGCGGAUAGGUCGAUGUUGAGGACCGACAGCGGGAGCGGAGAAGAUUCCAUGGACGGUCUCUCCAACCGGGUCCCCUGCUGUCCUCUGACCCCGUCGCUGUCGCCACGUAAACGGACCACGAGCCAGUCCAAGACGGAGCCUCCGCUGCUGAGGACCAACAAGAGGACCAUCUACACCGCCGGCAGACCACCGUGGUACAAUGUCACCGGGACCACCUUCAAAGAGGCCUUCGUCAUCGGUCUGUGUGGAGGAAGUGCCUCAGGAAAAACCACAGUGGCCAAUAAGAUCAUCGAAGCUCUGGAUGUUCCCUGGGUGGUUCUGCUUUCCAUGGACUCCUUCUACAAGGUGUUGAACAAAGAAGAGCAGGAGCUCGCUGCUAAAAACGAGUACAACUUCGAUCACCCCGACGCCUUCGACUUCGAUCUGCUCAUCACCGUCCUCAGGAAGCUGAAGAAGGGGAAAAGCAUCAAAGUGCCAGUGUACGACUUCACCAGCCACAGCCGGCGCAAAGAAUGGAAAACAGUUUAUGGAGCCAAUGUGGUUAUCUUUGAGGGCAUCCUGGCCUUUGCCAACAAGGAGCUACUGAAGCUGCUGGACAUGAAGGUGUUUGUGGACACGGACUCGGACAUCCGGCUGAUCCGCAGGCUGAAGAGAGACGUCUCUCAGCGCGGGCGCGACAUCAACGGCAUCAUCAAGCAGUACAACAAGUUUGUGAAGCCGGCCUUCGAGCAGUACAUCGAGCCAACGGUGCAGGUGGCAGACAUUGUGGUGCCCAGAGGUGGAGAAAACUUUGUAGCUUUGGAUCUGAUUGUUCAGCAUGUCCACAGUCAGCUGGAGAAGAGGAAGCUUCGCUGGGAUAUAUCAGCUCUGGCGUCGGCCCAUCAGGGUCAGCCUUUACCCAAAACCCUGAGCGUGAUGGAGAGCUCGCCUCAGGUCCGCGGCAUGCACACCAUCAUCAGGAACAAGGAGACCAACAGAGACGAGUUUAUCUUCUACUCCAAGAGAUUAAUGAGGCUGCUGAUAGAACAUGCGCUCUCCUUCCUGCCUCUCAAGCCCGUUUCCGUGGAGACGCCUCAGGGCACCGUCUACGAGGGAAAGAGGUUGAGCGGUCAAAGAAUCACCGGCGUUUCUAUCCUGCGGGCCGGGGAGACGAUGGAGCAGGCUCUGACGGCCGUCUGCAAAGACAUCCGGCUGGGGAAGAUCCUCAUCCAGACCAACCACGACACCGGGGAGCCGGAGCUUCACUACCUCCGCCUGCCGAAGGAGAUCAGCGAGGACUACGUGAUCCUGAUGGACAGCACCGUCUCCACCGGAGCCGCUGCUCUCAUGGCUGUCAGAGUUCUGCUGGACCACGAUGUGGCCGAGGAUAAGAUCUUCCUGCUCUCCCUGCUCAUGGCGGAGAUGGGCGUUCACUCCGUGGCCUACGCUUUCCCUAAAGUCCGCAUCAUCACCACCGCUGUGGACAAAGAGGUCAACGACCAGUUCCACAUCAUUCCAGGAAUCGGUAACUUUGGGGAUCGUUACUUUGGUACCGACGCUCCAUCUGAUGUCUGUGAAAGUGAUGAAGGAAUGGACUUCUGAGGACAGACUGUUACAGGAGCACUUCGCUGUGAAUCUGAAUAAUAAAUUUUUACUUUAUCUGCUCGA